UCUUAAGUUAAUCAGAAAAAAAAACACCGAUUAAUUUCAUUGAAUUUCUUUCAUUUAUUUAAAUAAAUUGUUUUUCAAGCUUGCAGUGAAUUUAGUGGAACAAGCUAAAGCUAUUGAUCCAGAUAAUUUUAGAGUUUGGCUUGUUUCAGCUCAAUUAACUGCUGUCAUGUCUGGCGCUCCAUCAAUUGGUCCUGGUUUAUUAGUCAACACGGAAGUGUUGAGUCAUUUGAUUCAUGCUGCGUAUACCGGUUCAAAUUAUCGAGUAGCUUCACAGUUGACACUUCAUUUGAUGCCUAUAAUUAUUGAAUCUGCUGGACGUGAUUUCCUUUGUGUUCCAUCAGCAGCAUCUCAUCAUACUUCAUCAUCAGAAUCAGAAAAGAUGUCCGAGUUAAUUCAAGUGUUCGAUAGACGAGCACAUUUACGCCUAUCUAUCACUGUUGCUAUAGAAUGUUUAAAUCGAGCUAUCGCUUUUCAACCAAACAAUAUACGAUUAUGGCAUAAUCGAGGUAUAUUACUUCAAUUGAUAGGAUAUUCUAUACCUGCGAAACAUUGUCUUCAAAAGUAUGAUUGA